CCUGACUCUUAACUCCAUAUAAACAGCCCACACAGUACAGCUGUCAAAGACCAGCAUGACACACACAGUCUGAUUUCCUUGCAGGGGGGAAAGUGGGAUGAGCUUUUACAAUUUUAUCAUGGACACGACCGAUUUCAUGCUUGAUUAUGUAUCUACGGACUAUGCAAACUACACAGAUGAUAACCAAACGUACACGGAUAUGUCUCACAAUGGACACGAAUUUUGCUCUGGAGAGAUUCUGUGCAUGUUGCUGCUGGUUGUGAAUGUGAUCAUCACUGUACUGGGGGUUGUGGGAAAUGGUGUGGUGAUCUGGAUCGCAGGUUUAAAGAUGAAGAAAACGGUCAACACCACCUGGUACCUCAGCCUGGCCAUUUCUGACUUCAUAUUCUGUGCCACAUUGCCCUUCAACACCUUUUACAUAGCCACAUCUGACUGGAUCUUUGGACUUUUCAUGUGCCGGUUCACCUCCUUCGUGAUGUUCCUCAACAUGUUCAGCAGCAUCUUUCUUCUCGUCAUCAUCAGUGUGGAUCGCUGCAUGACUGUCAUGUUCCCUGUUUGGGCACAGAAUCAGCGUACCAUAAGGAAGGCUUCAUUGAUAGUCCUUCUUGCAUGGGUUUUAUCAGUGUCCUUGAGUAUCCCGUCCACUAUUUUCCGUGACAUUCAGCACCACCUAGGCAGAACCCGGUGCCACAAUAAUUACUUUAGCCAGGACAGCCACAAAUCUAUAGCCAUCUGCCGGUUUAUUUUUGGGUUCCUUAUACCUUUCCUGGUCAUCGUUGUCUGCUACUCAGUCAUUAUAUUCAAGCUGAGAAGCAACCAGAUGGCGAAGUCCACAAAGCCGUUCAAAAUCAUGACCGCUCUCAUCGGGACUUUCUUCAUCUGCUGGCUGCCGUACCACACAUUUGUGCUGGUUGAACUGAACCAGAGCCUCCCCAAUGACAUCAUAGCCUUUGGGCUCAAGAUCGGAACCGCAGUCGCUUCAGCUAACAGCUUCCUCAACCCAAUUCUCUAUGUCUUCAUGGGCAAUGAUUUCAGGCAGAAGUUUAAGAACUCCAUCCUGUCUAAGAUCGAGAAUGCAAUAGGAGAAGAAGGGCGCACCAUGAGCCGCUAUUUAUCCCGUUCCAGUUCUAUGGAUGCCAGAGCAUCGACUCACAUCUGAUUUGACCUGAAAAUAUAAAACCGAUAGAAAAUCACGUCCUGAUUCAUUUGUACAUACGAUAUAUCAAUAGGUCAUAUUCUGGUGGGAAAUAUACUUUUUGAACAAUCUUUUGGUCUCAAAGUGAUUCUGUUAAAUUCAGUGUUAAUUGUAUAGCACAUUUAACAAUAUGUAUUGCCACAGAUCAGCUUUACAGAAAUUCAGCUGUAGAUUUAGAUCCCUAAUAAACAAUCCAAAGGGGCAAUAAAAAAUAGAUUCCUUUAGAUGACAUGAACAAACUUUCCCCGAAAUGGUAACCCAUUCUCCUCUGGGUGACACACCAGUUAAACGGAUCAUGAAGUGUAGCUGGUUGGAUUUGCACAUGUAUUAUGAUAUGAAGAACUGGAAGUCAGUAGAAGUUGCUUGCUGAGCUGUCAAAAACUGAUGCAGUGAAAGUAUGUACCUUUAGAAUGUGGACAAGAAAUAUGGACAAAAAAGACCUGCUAUCAAAGGAGGAAAAAGAAAUCACGGUAGGAACUGCACUUGCUCUUGUUCUAGUAUGUAUUUUAAAGGAGUAAGUGUGAGGAUGUCAGUGUGAGGUGUAAGUGUGAGGAUGUAAGUGUGAGGAACCUGUUAAUCAUGCUAACCGUUAAUCAAUUUCAUUUGUACUCCAUCUUUUUUGUUAAUUGUCCAAUGAUCACUGUAUUAUCUUACUAAUAUGUUAUUGGUUGCGUCAAUGGCAAAAUGUAAUAAAAACAUAGAUCAUAAAAAGUAAA